AAUUCCAUUGGAAUCAGUGUCAAUGAAUGGGUUAAUACGCAGAGUGCCGGAGGGAGUCGAAAUCAGUCUUUCAAGUGCCAGCUCUGGUGAAUAGGAGAAAAGAAUGGGAUGGUGCAUGUUAAUCCAGUUGCUCCUAGGGAUAUUUACGAACUGUUUGAUUCUUUCUAAAAGUGAUGUUCUGGUCUCGACCUUGGAUACUUGGGAGAUUCAGCAGGAUUCCAUGUCAACACUAGAGUGUGAUAGAACAUUCUUCCUUUGCAAGGAUGGAUCAGAAUGUGUCAGUUUUGAGUACCUUUGUGAUGGUGACCAAGACUGUCCUGAUGGGUCUGAUGAGAAGGACUGUUCCGAAGUGUGUGAUGAACCAGAUGCAUUUAAAUGCCUAGAAGGAAUUAGUUGUAUUCAAGGUCAUCUACGUUGUGACGGCAUUGCUCAAUGUCAAGAUGGAUCUGAUGAAAAGAACUGCUUUCAAGAAUACGACCCAUGUGGUUUCUGGUGUGACGAUCACCAAAGAUGUAUUCCUUCUGAUUGGAAAUGUGAUGGCAGUGAAGACUGUAAUGAUCAAACUGAUGAACUAGGAUGUGAGUGUGGUAAUGAUGACUUUGUCUGUGACGAUGGACAAUGUAUUUCUCUGGCUUUCCACUGUGAUUUGCAAUAUGACUGCAGGGAUAAGUCAGAUGAGCACAACUGUAUCAAGUCCAAGAAGGUUCCAUGCCAACCUGGAGAAAUUAUGUGUCCUGUCAGCAAGGAAUGCAUAGUAAAUGAGUGGUGGUGUGAUGAUUAUGUAGACUGUGGUGAUGGAAUGGAUGAACAGAACUGCAAACUUUCAGAGAAGCCAUGCAAGGAAUUUCAGUGGCGAUGUCACAACUCUCAAUGUAUUCCUGACUUCUGGCAUUGUGAUGGGCUGAGAGACUGCAAGGAUGGCAGCGAUGAGAUGACAUGCCAAUCGAGACAGUGCAAAAGUUUUGAAUUCCAAUGUGCUACAUCAGAGUGUAUCACUAUGAAUUUGGUCUGCAAUGGAAAACCUGAUUGCUCAGAUGCAUCUGAUGAAGGUGGAGAUUGUAAUUCGCAAGAAUGCAUAAACUGUACCAAUGUAUGUUACAGGACUCCAAAUGAACCCACAUGUGGCUGCUCAAAUGGAUUUAAACUCAUGGCUGACUUGCAUACCUGUGUUGAUAUUGAUGAAUGUAAAGAACUAACAAGCAGACCUUGCAGUCAAAUAUGUCUGAAUAAGAAUGGAACCUACAGCUGCAGCUGUUACUCUCAUUAUCUGCUGGACAAUGAUGGACACAGCUGUAAAGUAACAGGAGCCGAGCCUACUCUUCUUGCAUCCAUCCAUCAUGAUAUCCUGCUCCAUGGAUUACACAGUGAGAAAAAGAGUAUCAUUUCUGCUAUUACAAAGAGUAUAAUGUUCCCACUGGAUUAUGAUUGGAAGGAACAAGUAAUCUUUUGGGCUGACACUUAUUCUAAGAGCAUAAAUUGGAUGACAUUGAACCAACGUGAUAAAGGAACUCUGAUCAAAGGAAUCCAGUCUGACUGUAUAGCUGUUGACUGGGUGGGCAGAAACCUUUACUGGACAGAUGGAGUAUCUGGUCAUAUUCUGGCAGUAAAAUUGAACUCCACAAUGCAUGAAAUCAAAGAACAUGUGGUUGUAAUUGACACAAAUAUAGAGCAACCCCUCUCUUUAGUUUUGCAGCCACUUAAUGGACUAAUGUAUUGGGCUGAGAUUGGAGGAGAGCCCCACAUUGAGAGAGCAGGCAUGGAUGGAGCAAACAGAGAAGUAAUUAUCAAGCGUGGGCUUGGAUGGCCAACCAGCCUGACACUUGACCAGCUUGACGGGAAAUUGUUUUGGGCAGAUGGAAAACUUCACUGCAUUGGUGUGUCAAAUUUAGAUGGCACUGGGAUAAAGUUUUUCCAGCUGGCAUAUACUCAGAGGCCAUUCGGUGUAGCUGUAUUUGAAGAUAACAUAUACUGGUCUGAUGUGGAAUUGAGAAGUAUUCAAAAAGCUGACAAGAGACUUGGAAAGAACAGGACCGUACUCCUGAAACAUGAUCAAGCAUAUAGCUUGAAGAUAAUUCAUGAGGUGCUGCAACCAACAAUAUCAAAUCCUUGUGAAAAAAUAGGGUGCUCACAUUUCUGUUUGUUGGGACCUGGGUUAAAGGGCAGCUGUCACUGUGGGCCAGAAAUGCUGCUGGCAGACAAUUUAACCUGUGUGAAAUCAGAUGAUGAGCCUUUUCUUUUGAUGGUAUCUCCCACGGUCAUCACUCAGAUACAUCUGAAUCAUCUUGAUCAAGAUAAAGGAUUGAAAAAUUUACCAGAACACUUAGUCCACCAGCUGAUUAACAUUCAAGUGACUUCUGCUGAUUAUAUCUGGAAAGACAAAGUGCUCUACUUUGCAGGGUCUGAUCAAGGUCUUAUUGGUCAACUGGUGAUGAGGCCUAAUAUUUCUUCAUGGCAGAAGAUUCUCCAGUCUAAUAAUGAGAUCAUCUCUUUAACAGUGGACUGGUUAGGCAAAAAUCUCUACUGGAUCACCAGCAAACCUUGUGGAAUUGAACUGGCAUCUCUCAAUGGCCUUUAUCGACUUGUGUUAAUAGAGCACCUUAGUCGUUCAACUUCUCUUGUAUUACAUCCCCCUUCAGGCAUCAUGUGUUUCUCUGAGUGGGGGUCAGAAAACCAAGGAGAUGGUCCAAGGAUUGAAUGUUCUUUUAUGGAUGGACAGAACCGAAACGUUGUUUGGAAAAAGUGUCGCCUUCCAACUGGACUGGCAAUUACAGAAUCUGGCACUCGGCUUUAUUGGAUUGACUUGGAUAAUAAUGUUAUUGACAGUAUUCUCUUGGAUGGUUCAGAAUUUCAAGAAGUGAAAGCAGGCCUUGAGGCUCAUUCUGUGUUUGCAUAUUGGGAGAACGCGCUGUUCUGGACAACAGUACAUAGUGGUUACACAAAAUUGUGGUACAGUGCAAAUGGACAGGAGAAGCAGUGGUUUGAAGUGGAACAGAAAAUUAUUGGCCUUAAAAUAUAUAACAGACAGCGAGGAAAUAAUUUCUGUUCAGAGGGAAAUGGUGGCUGCAAACAUUUGUGCCUACCACACCCUGGAGGUAGAACCUGCAGAUGUUCCACAGGAUAUCGCCAUGUCAGUGAUAGUACUUGUGAAGCCAUGGGGUGUCCAAAGCAGAAUUGGCCAUGCCUUGAUGGUUUUGACUGCAUCUUGAAUGAACAAGUUUGUGAUGGUGAAAAACAUUGUACCGAUGGAUCAGAUGAAAUGGAAUGUGAUAUGUGGAAGGGACCUGUACAGACAAACAACGUUUUAUCCAACAGUUCUGCUCCUGAAGUUGUCUUCUCCCAACAAAUGACCACUUCAAGGUGGCUUCCAGUCAGUUCCACAGCCUUCAGAGAAAGUUCGUUCCCUCAUACAGAUACUGUUCCAGUCACAUCCAGUUAUGGAGUUUCUCUGCACCAUAGUACAAUGACACAAAGUCUUGCUGCAAACCAAACUGAUGAAGAUUUCAAUGUGACUGAAGCAGGAAGGUCUGGUUUGUGCACGGAUGAACUGUGCAACAUGCAAGGGAAGUGUUCUGUAGUUAAUGGCUUGUUAAUGUGCAAAUGCCAAGAAGGAUACACUGGAAGAUUCUGUGAGCGCCUGGUAAUGCCAGAAAUCAGUGUUCCCCUUAUUCUGGGAAUUCUUAUUGUGGUAUUGCUUGUUGCUGUUGGAGCAUUCUUCUUGAGGAGAAGAAUUGGAAAAAGGAAAGCUCAUGCUAACUUGCAACUGACUGCAACGGGACACAGGAACCAGAUCGCAAUGAAUGAAGCUUCUGUAGAGGUACCAGAGGAACCACAAGCAUCAAGCUGAAGCUUCAGAACACUUCUUAACCAACGCCAGGCAUCUUGGUUCCAUAUCUUGGUUCACACACUCCCUUAAGCCAUUCGACUGUGGAUGAAAUCCAGAGGAAAGACUCGCUGUUGUCCCAAUCAGUUUCCAGAAUACCUUCCAAAAACAUGAUGCUGAGGUCCGUGAUCCACCACAAUGUCCACUGGAAAACUGUGGAUCCUGAAGCCCGGGUGCAGGACAAUUUUGGCCAUCACCACUGCAGAUGGUAGUUUCGUUAAUGCAAUGAAUUUGCAGGCCUUUGAAAACAAUGUACAAUUAACAUGACGAAAGCCUUCUCCCAGGAAGGUGGAAGAUCCGUGACAAAGACCAUGGAGAUGUAUGCCCAUGGUGCCUGGAACCUAUAGGAUGGCCGCCCAGGGCAGUUGUGGGCACGGGCUGGCUCAACUCCUGCAGAGGUAUAUUGUGCUGACGAGCGGUCUCCAAGUGCAAGA